AUGAUUAUCAGAGGUACGUUACCUUCUUCUCCGCCUCUUCUCCUUCAGGCUGACUAUACCGAAGUGUGGGCACUCUGGCACCGUUCCGUCAAAGUCGCGUUCAUUUUGUUUAGCGCGUUUGCCUGCGAAGUAAUUGUGAUGGUAUAUUUCGCAGUCAGGAUAAACCUCGACCUCGAGUACAAUGAUACGUGCUUGAUAGAGCGGACGCCUAAGACGGCGAUCGGUGUUGUCCUCCCACCUAUCCUCAUGCAAUGCCUCAUUUUGGCGUUGACGUUAUACAAACGUUAUCACAACCGUGACAGCUUGUAUCCCCCGCCUCUUGUUGAGCUCGUCUCUCGCGACGGAUCUGCUAUUUUUGUCGCUGUAUCUGCCACGUUUGCUAUUUCCCUUUCUUAUUCUGCCCAUGUACAUGUUCUUACGCACAGCGUUUGGUCUAUACUUGCCACCCUACUUACGAUUGGGGGGAGCCGAGUUGUUAUGAACAUGCAACGUUUGAAAGUACCUUUCAAUGCCCGAACAGAGACUUCAGACAUCCAACUGACGUCCUACGUCGCAACCGGAACCGCGCUGGUCGUGACAGGGAUCUCUCCAUCGUACUUCGAUCCUCCAGGGGACCUCGACGGAAUGGAACCGGAAUUUCCGAGCUGA